UUUGACAUAAAAAAAAUUACAGAACUGUGCUUACGAUUUAAUAGAUUACCAUUUUAACGAAUGAAGAAUUUAGUCUGAUUUAAAAAUACACGCAUUUGGUUAGGUUUCAAAAACUAAAUAAUGAGUCAAUUUGAAAAGAAAGAAAUUAUUCAAGCAAUUCUAAUAGCUGACAACAAUGUGGAGCAAUUUCAUCCGUUCUCAAGCGAGAAUUCUACAGCGCUGCUUCCGUUGGUAAAUGUGUCUAUGAUUGAUUAUGCUCUGGAAGCACUAAACAGAAGCGGUAUAGAAGAAGUGUUUGUUUAUUCUAGUUUGUAUUUACAAAAUGUGCGAGAUCACAUAAAACGAGGAAUUGCAACACUCAGCUCUUGGUCAAUUAGCAUGAGUGUACAAGUUAUUGGUGGUGAGGGUUGCCGUUGUUUUGGCGAUGCUAUGCGUGACUUAGAUGCCAAAGCUUUAAUUAGAGGCAAUUUUAUUCUACUUGGCGCCGAUACAGUGACAAACGUAGAUUUAAGACCAAUAAUCGAACAACACAAAAAAACUGUUAAAUAUGACAAGGGUGCUGCAGCGACACUUGUCUUUAAGGAAUCAUCGACUAAUUUGCGUACUGGUAAUGAAAUCAUGAUUGCUAUGGAUGUACAAAACAACCGACUACACCAUCAUCAACGUUUGCGUCAAGAAAAUAAGGAGCGACAAUUUGAGGUGCCAUUAGAAGUUUUUAUUAACAACUCACAAGUUGCUUUAUUGCAUGAUUUACUUGAUCCACAAAUCGCAAUUGGUUCACCAACACUAUUGUCGCUUUUCAGUGACAAUUUUGAUUUUCUAACGCGAGAUGAUUUUGUACGUGGCAUCCUUAUUAACGAGGAAAUAUUAGAUAGCCGAAUUUAUGUGUCUCUACUUGCACGUGAUCAGUAUGCACGUAAAGUUAAUAAUUGGCUAAGCUAUCAAAUUGUUAGUCAGGAUAUUAUUAAUCGUUGGGCUUAUCCUCUUGUACCAGAUAUGGGUAUACACUGUCUUUCUCAACAGUAUCUAUUCUUGACAAACAACAUAUAUAAAAGUUCUAAUGUAAGCAUAACGAAAGCAACAUUGUCCGAUAAUGUUGUGGUACAAUCAGGAAGCAUUAUUGAAGCAGGCGCUUCAUUGAAAUGUAGUGUAGUUGGUGUUAAUUGCAAGAUUGGACAAAACUGUAACCUUACGCAUGCUUAUUUAAUGGAAAAUGUUACUAUUGAAGAUGGUUGCACUUUAACGUAUUGUUUUAUUGGAUCUGGAACAAUUGUAAAAAAUAAGUCACAUAUAACAGAUGGAACUGUGAUUGGAAAGGACUGUAUAAUUCCUGCUAACUCAAAACUUGUAAAAGCUAAAGUAGUGGCAAUUGAAAAUGAAGAAGAUACAACUAUAUCGAAACUUGGCGACAAAGCUUUUAUUAUUGAUGAUAUACACCAAGAAUCAAAUGCCAAUUGCUCGGAUUCUGAGGAUGAAGAUAUUUUACCACAACUUUACGGUACAGCUAAAAUGGCAAAAUUACCUUUAGUUUAUGCAGAAAGCGAUUAUACGUCCAGCAGCGAAGAGGAGGAAUCGCAGCGUGGUUCACCUUUACCUGAUGAUACAAAUAUAUUUUUAUCGGAAGUGAUGGAUUCAUUGGCCAGAGGAUUUCAAGAAAAAUCAAAUCCUGAUUUUUUAAUAUUGGAAAUAAAUUCAUCGAGAUACGCCUACAAUAUGUCGCUUAAAGAAGUUAAUUUCUAUGUAGUGAAAGCCAUUUUCAGUUUGCAGUCAAUAAAGGAGCCAACAAAUAAAAAUAUACUUAUAGAAAUUAAUAAUGUCCUAAAACAGUUGGGUCCGGUAAUGUCAAAUUAUAUUAAAACCGAAGACGCUAUGCUUGAAUGUCUAAAAGCAUUACAGGAUAUUUGUGACGAAAAUUUGCAUGUAAGAGAAAAAAUUUCACAAGUUGUACAUUUUUUAUAUGAUAAAGACUUUGUUACUGAAAAUGCAAUUGUUACAUGGUACGAGGACAUAAACGACGAUGAAAACUUGAAUCUUAAAAAGAGUCUAUCUAAACUAAUACAAUGGCUCAAUCAAUCCAGCGAUGAAGAUGAAAGCGAUGAUUAAUUUUAAAUAAAACAAUUAAUUAAUUUAUUUUUGUAUCGA